UCUUCUCCUGAAGGUAACUUAAACCCAUAUUUCUCCUUCAGACCUCGGAGCAGAGUAAUCAUUCUGCAAAUGGAAGCGAAAAUCGGAAAGUUCUUCGAAUCCGUCGGUUCCUUUUUCAGUGGCGGAGACCAGAUUCCUUGGUGCGAUCGCGACGUAAUACUUGGCUGUGAGAGAGAAGUUGCAGAGGCUUCUGAUGGUGGGUCAGAUGAACGUAAGAAUGAAAGCAUUAUGCGAUUGUCAUGGGCACUCGUUCACUCAAGGCAACCAGAAGACGUGAAGCGUGGGGUGGCCAUGCUUGAAGCUUCUUUGACAAAUACUAGCUCACCUUUGGAACAGAGAGAGAAGCUAUACCUUCUGGCUGUUGGAUAUUACCGAAGCAGUGAAUAUUCAAAAAGUCGGCAGCUGCUGGAGCAAUGCUUAGAGAUUGCUCCUGAUUGGAGGCAGGCUCUGACCCUUAAGAAGACAGUUGAAGACCGAAUUGCUAAGGAUGGUGUUAUUGGAAUAGGCAUCACUGCUACUGCGGUUGGACUUAUAGCUGGUGGUAUUGCUGCUGCAUUUGCCCGAAGGAACUGAUGAAGGAAUGAAUUGCGAAUUCGUGUAUCAACUGGCAACGUGCUGUCAAUGGUUUACUCCAAAAGCUGCUAUGUUUAAUAAUCUCAGCAUCUGAAAUAAGUUUAUUUUGUUUAGUAUUAUUAAUUUUUUUUUGUUUUGAAUGUUUUUUUACAUAGCUUAAACAAUCAUAAUGUUAAUAACUAUAUUAUUGCUAGUCAAUACAAUUUUAUAAAUUUUCUUGUAA